CAGCACCUUCGUCAACACACGUACGGACGAAUAUUCCUCUGUUCUCAAGCCUUGUUUGCUUCUUAGGCAGCACCUUCGGAUCUGAGAUGCGUUCCUUUGAUUUCUUCGUCUGAGUCAUUCUCUUUGCUCUUCAGUCUCGCGCUUGUACCUUUUUGUUCGCUUUCGGUGGUUUCGUUUCACUCAUCUCAAAUCUCAUACCAUGAAGAAGAAGCUAGACACCCGUUUUCCUGCGGCUCGGAUAAAGAAGAUAAUGCAAACAGAUGAAGAUGUUGGAAAGAUAGCUCUAGCAGUCCCUGUUCUAGUGUCUAAAGCUUUAGAGCUAUUUUUGCAAGAUCUUUGUAACCGAACUUAUUCAAUAACUCUCCAAAGAGGAGCAAAAACCAUGACUUCACUGCAUUUAAAACAUUGUGUACAAAGCUAUAAUGUUUUUGACUUCUUGAGAGACAUUGUUAGCAAGGUUCCUGACUAUGGCCAUGGCCAUGGCCAUGGUCAUUCUGAAGGUGGGGUAGAUGAUCGUACCCUUCCAAAGAGAAGGAAAGCUGCUGGUGAUGAUUGUAAUGACAGUGAUGAAGAGGCUAAGAGGAGUAAGAUGUAUGAGUUAGGCCACAGUGGUGGCACUGGUAGAGGAAGAGGCCGAGGCAGAGGACGAGGUCGUGGUAGAGGGGCUCGAACUGCUGAAAGAGAGGCGCAUCAUCAACAGCAAGUUGAAUCUGAGCCUUGCUCCUCAGUUCAGCACCCUAGCAAAGACAUUCCAAAUACUGGCAUGUCACUAGACAAUUCUCCAGAAUCCAAGGAGGUUCCAAAAGAGAACACUGCAUGUCAUGAGGAAAAUAAUCAAUCUCUGCGUAACAUUGAUCUAAAUGCUAACUUAAAUGAGAGCGAGGAGAAGAAUACAAGCAUGGAAGCUCCGGCCUCGUUGCCUCCAGCCACUUUGCCGCCAUCCAGUCUGCCUGAACCGGCAACAGAGAUAAAUCACGAGGAAAUCCCUGGCUGGUCCCUUUCUGAUGCGGACAAGAUGGCCAUUGACACUAUGCAGCUUGCAAAUCUCGGUAGUCGGAUAGAUGAUGAUGAGGAUUAUGAUGAGGAAGGGUGAAGGAUAUCACUUUGGGGAAUUUGAUCAGUUGAAAUUUCAUGAUGACCGAAGAAUAAGCAGCGCAAACUAGUGCUAGAUGACUAUAGACACUAGUAAUUAUAACCAUACCAAAUUCCUGAAUGAAUGUCCUCACUCAUUAUCUAGUAUCUCAUUGCUCUGUAGUAAUCUAGUACCAAUAAUUUUAGGUUCCUACACUUUUUUUAGGGUUUGAUGCUUGUACAUGGUUGUUACUCUAGGUAUAAGCUUGGUUUAGAGUUAAUUUCAUCAUGCUGUGUGUUUAUGAUAUCAAUUGCCUUGUCAAA